AUGAAGAAAACAGCCCUAAUUGGUCUUUUGGUGGGUUCAUGGUCGUUUUUCCUGUCACUCUGUUUCGCCAACGACAAUGCCAAAAGACUUUACGACGAUUUAUUGCGGAAAAGGGGCUACAACAAACUUAUUCGACCAGUGGGAAACAACAGCGACAAACUUACAGUGAAGUUGGGUAUUCGACUUUCGCAACUUAUAGAUGUGCACGAAAAAGACCAAAUUAUGACAACCAAUGUUUGGCUGAGACAGGAAUGGUAUGAUAAAACUUUAACCUGGUCGCCUAGUGAAUAUGGUGGGGUAGAUAAACUUUAUGUACCUUCUAGAGAAAUUUGGCUUCCAGAUGUAGUCCUUUAUAAUAAUGCGGAUGGUAAUUAUGAAGUUACACUUAUGACAAAGGCAACAUUGCAUCCAAACGGUUUAGUAGUAUGGGAGCCACCAGCUAUCUACAAGAGUUCCUGCACAAUUGAUGUCGAGUUCUUUCCAUUUGAUGUCCAGACAUGUUCUAUGAAAUUCGGAUCAUGGACCUAUGACGGUAAUCAGGUCGAUUUGGUGCACUACUGCUCUAUCAACGAGGAGUCUGGCGUUGAAAUUAGGCCGGGAAUAGAUAUCAGAGACUUUUAUCCAAGCGUAGAAUGGGAUCUCCUAGCUGUUUGGGCUAAAAGAAAUGUUCGAAAUUACCCGUGUUGCAUUGAACUGUAUCCUGAUAUAACGUUCUAUAUAUCAAUGCGAAGAAAGACACUCUUUUAUACAGUAAACCUAAUAAUCCCGUGUGUGGCUAUCUCGUUCCUCACUGUUCUAGUGUUUUAUCUACCGUCCGAUUCAGGUGAAAAAGUGACAUUGUGUAUCUCUAUCCUCCUUUCAUUGACUGUGUUUUUCCUGCUGUUAGCUGAAAUUAUUCCUCCUACGUCAAUUGUCGUUCCACUCAUUGGUAAAUACUUACUGUUUACAAUGAUUCUUGUGACACUUUCAAUUAUAGUGACAGUUGUCGUAUUAAACGUCCAUUUCCGUUCCCCUUCUACGCAUGUGAUGUCUCCAUGGGUAAGAAGGGUCUUCCUUACCAUACUUCCAAAAUUAUUGGUAAUGCGCAGACCACAUCUGGAACCAGAGAAACCUCAGAAAGUUGUGAUAAGGACAUGUAAUGGUAUGGAAAUCAGAGAUCACAGCGGUGUGUCGGGGUAUCAUCACACCACGUCCAUGGGAUUUAGGCGUUCUAUGCAUGAACAAGAGUUAUUACCUAGCAGCGAAGAUGCAGCUGCCAAUGCUUUAUUUAGAAACAAAUACUACACAAGAGAAGUUAUUGAAGCUAUUGAAUCCGUUACAUUUAUCGCAGAACACUUAAAAAAUGAAGACAACACAGCAGCGAUUAUUGAAGAUUGGAAGUACGUCGCUAUGGUUUUAGACAGAGUCUUUUUGUGGGUGUUUACAACUGCUUGUGUUGUUGGAACUUUUGGAAUUAUCUUACAAGCUCCAACAUUAUAUGAUGGCAAACAACCUAUCAAUUUGGAUCAAUACAAAUCUUACUGUGACACAAUAAGCUGAACAUAUGGGACAUUCUUUUACAUUAUUUUUUUGACAAUGUUUUAAAUAUCCGUAUGGGAAAUAUUGGUGUCUAGAAAUGCGCCAGUGGUCAUUGCAUUUUGUUUUUAAAUCGGAAAAAUAACAAUAAUGUUCGCCCAAAACAGAGACCCACACGAUUGAUAGUGGAACUGUUUAGAGGGGGUGGUGAACCUACACACACCGCGACAUGAUUGCUGACGUUUACUUUGUGAUUAACAGUUAUUUUUUGUUCAGUUUUGGUAGAACAUUCGUUCGUAAACCCAGAGCUGAGAUUUGCCCAGGAAGCGAUAGAUAUUUAUGUAUAUUAAGUAUUAAAUGAUACACGUUUGUUUUGUUUGUAAUAUGAAAUGAUCUAAGUGACGUUUGCUUGUAAAUUAAAAUGUUUAUGUUCCC